UAGGCAUAGAUGACCUGUAUGUGUUUGAUGGUGGGUCAGUGUACAUUGACACUAAUGGCAGCAUCGGUGCAAACAUGACUCCUGGACACGUCAGCCUGUCUUCCCUACAUGUCCAAGAUGGUGGAACAUUCCAGAUGUUCUCAUAUGACAAGCACAUUGGCAUGGACAUCCAACUGACCAAUCUAACGGUCUAUGGAGGAGGUCAUCUUGGGUCAAAUGAUCGGUUCAAUGUGACAGCAGAACAUCUUGUGGCCAUCUACUCUGGUGGGAUGAUUAACCUUGACCAUGGAGGCUAUGUCACAAAGGAGACAAGAGGAUCUGGUUUUGAACCAUCAGAAGGACCUGGUCAGGGUUAUGGAAAUUCUGCAGGUGGAAGUGGAGGUGGCCAUGGUGGCAGUGGAGGUCGUGGUAAAGGUCAAACCAAUGUUGGGCUUGCCUACGGGUCCAUCUACCAACCUGUAGACUAUGGAAGUACAGGAGGCUAUGGCAGUAACUAUGGACAAUUGUACUAUGGAGACAAUGAGCAUGGCAAUGCUGUUGUGCGGAGAGGACUUGGUGGGCGAGGUGGAGGGGCACUGAAAAUUACCACCAGACACUGCCUCAUUGAUGGCAGGAUCACUGCUAAUGGAGAAAGCAUCGAUGGUGUUCAUAACAGCCAGGCUGGUGGUGGCUCAGGUGGAAGCAUCUGGUUAGAAUGUGAAGAGCUGGAUGGAUACGGAGCCGUCUCUGCCAAUGGUGGAACUGGCCAUGGUUCUGGUGGAGCAGGAGGGGGAGGGGGACGUGUGGCCAUCUACUCCCAGAAACUACGAAAGUUCAAUGGCACAGUCACAGCAUAUGGAGGCAACAGCAACUAUGAAGUUGGUGGUUCUGGCACUGUCUAUGUUGAACGUCAGAAUGCAAUGCUAGAAGCCCAACACAAGACUCUGAAGAUCGACAACAAUGGCAUCCCUUACCCCCACGCAGCAACAUACCAACAUGGCGACCUUCGUAACCUGUUAGAUGGAUCAUAUGAGGACAUCGGCCAAUCAGGAGGCAUCACCUGGCUGUACCAUGACUCACACAGCUAUGUCUUUGAUGAGCUCCAUGUCCAUGGCAAUGCUCAUGUGGCCAUCCUGAGUAACACAAGUACAGACAUGGUGGAAGUGCAGGGAGGCAGACUGUUAGGCGACCGUUCAGGUGUGAUGCAUGUUGGGAAGAACCAGACUUUUGGAUUUGAUGAUGUUGACAUCUAUCUACCAGUGAACACCCAGCUCUACAGGUAUGGCCAUCUCGAGUUACCUCAGCGGCUUGCCAUGCGUGAAGUUUGGAUGGAAGUCAAUGGCACCAUUGCCAACAUUGAGGACUUAACUGUUGAGUCAGAUGGAGAACUUCAUUUGUGGUCCUAUGGCAACACCAGGGGAAAGUCCAGUGGUUCAUAUGAGUGUGCCAACAUAAGUGUAAGGGCUGAUGGAAAAAUGGAGAUGCUCACUGUGAAAAACGACAGCAGAAUGGACAUCAACGUAACAACACUUGUGGUUAAUGCAGGAGGCUACGUGAGAACAAAUGAUCUCAAACUCACAGCUGUGAAUGCAACUAUUGACGUAGCAGGUAACUUCCAUGCGGACAUGUCAGGCCACUCAGCAGAUGAAGGCCCCGGAGCAGGGAGAUACGAAAGUUACGGGGGAAUGCGGCGGGGAUCUGGUGGUGGCCAUGGGGGACGUGGUGGCCGCUCCCAUCGUGGGAUCUACUCAGGGUUUGCCUAUGACUCCUUGUACUCUCCACAUCUCCCUGGUAGUGGAGGAGGGCAUGGGGACAGCAGUGAUGCAGGAGGGCGGGGAGGAGGAGUGGUACACAUAGAUGUCCUGGACACUUUCCGGGUGGAAGGUCGUCUCCAUGCCAAUGGAGAGUCUGUGAUGACUGGGUCGGGAGGAGGGGGGGCAGGAGGCAGCAUCCUUCUGACUGUGGGACACCUUGAUGGGACUGGCUCUGUGGAAGUAAUGGGUGGAUCUGUACCAGGCCCUGGAUAUGGUGGUGCUGGAUCAGGCGGACGCAUUGCUGUUUACUACAGGAACAACUACACGUAUGAUGGGGAAUACCAGGUACAUGGAGGUCAAGACAAAGCUGGACAUGCCGGCAGUGGCACAGUUUACAUCGAGGGCAUCGACCAUCAGAACCGCACCCAUCGUACACUACGAGUAGACAACAAUCGCGAGUCAUCUCCUGAACCACGUGUGCAGGAAGUACAGCCGAUCUCUCUAGCCGGACCAACUGGAGACCAGGAGUUUGUGUCGUAUAGCGGAGUGACUGUCCAAACAACAGGCCCUGCAUACCAUACUGGCAAUCCUAAUAGUUAUCAUUGGUACUCCUUAUCCAGGAUCCAGUCCCAGUCCUCCAGCUCGUACUACAGAAGCACUACAAGGAACCCCACCCUUACAUUCACCCUACCAUUUACCUUGUACAUCGACCAUCUCAGGAUAUUCCCAAUGUGCAUAGACAGCCUAACAACAGCCUUCAAAGUGGAGAGUGAAUACCAAGGACAGAUGUAUAACCACACAGAGGGUUACAUUGAAACUCUUGGCUGUGGGACACAGCAGUUGGUUGACCAGUAUGCUGAUGUAGAGUUGGGUAGGGAUGUUGAAAAGAUCUAUGUAACGCUCCUUGCCCAUGGUUCGUCAGGUCACACCACCAUGGAUGCCAUUCAGCUGUUUGCACGGGAGAACCCAAAUGUUGCCUCUCAGUUCCCGUUUACCUCAGCACCGGGCAGUGCCUGGGUUGUUGUAGAAGAGGAACCAUCACAUCAUUUGGAAUUCGACGAGAUCCAAGUACAUGGUGGUGGUGGGCUUAGCUUGGAAGGAGAAGGAGAAGGCAGCAGGUUGUCUGUGGACCGAGUCACAGGUGACUACACAGGCCUGGUGACCAUGCGGGAAGGCCAGAUGUUCCAUAACAGGUUUUCUAGAGACAUCCUGCCAUUCUCCUUGAUCGUACAUCGUGGAGCAAACGUCACACUUCCGCCUCGUACAGAGUGCAAGGAUGUGGACAUCUAUAUCCGAGGUCACUUUGACACCAUACAAAACCUGACUGUCGGAUCAGGGUGUAAGUUUGUGCUUGAUCACCUGGAGCCUACAACAACAGAGCUGGAUCAUGUGGUGGUCAAAACCUUUGGAGAGAUGGAAGUUCUCACUCAGAAUGAAGUAACUACGACUUUGACUGGACGGACAUUUUCUAUUCGCAGUGGAGGGAUGGUGCGGUCAAAUGACCUGGAACUGCACUACAUCAAUGUCACAAUUGAAUCUUCUGCCUAUCUAACUGUGGAUGAAGGGGUAUCAAGGCAGGAGGCCUUUGGUGAUGGUGCAGGAGUUGGGAGUCCUUCAGGUUCAUCCGGAGCAGGGCAUGGUGGGAAUGGUGGUCAGGGUCACUCCCAGUCGGUGGUUGGGAUCACACAUGGAUCCAUCCUCAGCCCAAACACGUUUGGCAGGGAAGGGGGGCACAGUGUCUUCCCUCAUCUUGGUGGGAGAGGUGGAGGACGGAUGUUUGUGAACAUCUCCAAUGCCCUUGUUGUGGACGGCUUUCUGACAGCCAAGGGUGGAAAGUGGGGGUCGGUGGCAGCAGGAGGGGGAAGUGGUGGGAGUAUCUGGCUUGAGACCCACAUCUUUGAUGGAGACGGAGUGGUGGAUGUGUCGGGAGGAGAUGGGUACAUGGGUCAGGGGUCAGCUGCAGGAGGAGGAGGGGCAGGAGGACGAGCAGCAGUGUACUACACAUACAACCACUACACAGGCCAGUUCCUUGCUACCGGUGGGGAUGGCUAUGAACCAGGCGGACCCGGUACAGUGUACCUUCAUCGUCUGCAACCGGACAACCAGACACAACUUCUGGAUGCUACCAGUGAGGAAGCACAAGUUACCCACGAUUCCAAUGUCACCCAGCCACUCACCAACCGAACACUCUACAUCAACAACUUGGGGAAGAGACCCAGAGAUCCUGAGAGAAACCUGUCUUCCCUGUACACUAGUUAUGCUUCCACUUCCACAGUUGCAUGGAUCCUACCAGCAGAGCCAUCACAGAUAGCUGACAGAAACAUACCAACCCAUUACUUUCCUGAGGAUGUCAUUAUUGAUGAGCUUCACCUCUAUGGUGGGGCACAGCUUGGGUUCUUGUGGCCGCUCAGUCCAAGGGAACAUCUCCAGAUCAGACUGGGAUCUCUGCAUGGGGACCGCAGUGGGAAAAUUCACAUCGGCUUUAACCAGACUUUGUAUGCAGCCAAUGCUCAUCUCCCAUGGACCUGACAAUCCUAUCCAGGAGGCCUGACAACCACACAUGGAGAACUGCGUGCAGCAGGCGUCACUGUGGAUGUGCAGGGUGUGGUGGCCAACUGUGAAAACAUCACUGUUGUAGAUGGAGGAAUCAUAAAAAUGCACGAGAUGAUUGACCUUCAUGGACAUCCGACUGAGACAUUCAACUUCAAUGCCAUUGAAAUUCGUAACCAUGGAACCCUGCAGACAUCAAAUGGACAGAACCGGCGUGUCAUGAAAGGAACAUUUGUACAGGUGCAUGGAGGUGGAGUUCUAACAUCAACCAACUUGCAUCUACUCGCUGAUGUCAUUAUCGUUGAUGUCAAAGGCUCCAUCAAUGUGGAUGGGAGUGGGCAUUCAGCUGGAGCUGGUCCAGGUGCAGGCCUUACACAUAACAACCGUGGAACAGGUGGGAGCCAUGGUGGGAGCGGUGGAGCAGCGUCUGCCUCCCAGCAGACAGGCCCUGCCUACGGCUCCUUCCUCCUCCCGCAGGAGUUCGGCAGUGGCGGAGGGAACAGUGGAGGGGCCGGUGGGGGGAGUUUGUUUGUCAAUGCCACAGACUUUGUUCGUAUAGAAGGUGUCUUAAGUACAAAUGGACAGGACUCAACAGGUGAAUAUGGAGGAGGAGGCAGUGGAGGAAGUCUUCAGCUCACUGCAAGGAAACUGGAAGGGACUGGGAAGAUUCAGGUGAAUGGAGGUAGUGGGUAUGGGGGUGGGGGUGGAGGUGGUGGAAGGAUGGCCCUGUAUUUUGAAGUGAAUGACUUUGAUGGAAGUCUGGACUCCUCAGGAGGGGAGGGGCAGGGUGAGCAUGGUGCAUCAGGGACAGUCUUCUUCAAACAACAACAUUCAGCAGAGAAAACUACCCUGAAGAUCUACAAUGGCUAUAACCAACCAUCCCGGAGAACAUGGAUCCCUCUCCCUGAGGACCAAGCUGAUGAUCACAUCCUGGAUGUCCUUGACAUUGGAGGGUACUCACACGUCAGCCUGCUGUCUGUGGAUGAAGGAGGUCUGCCUGUCAGCGACAGUAGGACGUUACAUGUCCGAGAUCUGGCAGGUGACCACACUGGGACCGUUCAUGUUGACCAUGGGGAGGCCAUCAGUAUCAGCCUGAAUGCAACUCACAAGAUUCCCUUCAAUGUCAAUGUCUAUCAGAAUGGUACCUUGGGACUUCCUCACCACACCUACCUGCAGGACACCACACUAACUCUGUAUGGAGGGAAACUUCUGGGUGUGCAGACUCUCAACAUAUCAUUGGAUGGAAAACUUGACAUCAAGGCUACAUCAAAGAUUAAUACAGAGACACCUGGCACCCUAGUUCUGAACAGCAUCACAGUUCUGAAUGGAGGAGUCCUUUCUUACCUGGAAGGUCCAGAAGAUGAGGCUGGGUUGAUGGUACAACUUGAUGGCAGUUUCACAGUAAGGGGAGGGGCAGAGGUGGCUGCCAACAAACUAUACAUCAAAGCUGUGAACAUCAGUGUUGAUGGUGAAGGUAAGGUGGAUGCAUCAGGACAUGGCUGGCCGGUAUCCCAGGGUCCUGGGGCAGGGCUGGGGACCUCCUAUGGGUCAGGUGCCUCUCACGGUGGGGGAGGUGGGCAGGGACAGAACACAGCAUACUCUGCACCUGGCUAUGGGAAUGUACUUGAACCCGUGGACUAUGGAAGUGGUGGCAGUCGCAGAGGUGGAUCCACAGAGCAUGGGGGAAGUGGUGGAGGUGUUCUUCGUUUUGAAGCUGAAAAUCAUUUCCUUCUGGAUGGAGAACUCUUAGCUGAUGGCCUGUCUGCUACCUCAACUGGGAACGGAGGAGGAAGUGGUGGGAGUAUCUGGAUCACAACAAGGCAUCUGUCUGGAAGAGGGCGUGUGUCUGUAAGCGGAGGGGAUUCACCGUGUGUAGCUAACUGUAACCGCUGUGUUGAGGGACGAUGUUUGCAGUGCAGGAACCAGUAUUACUGGAAACCUUAUGACUGUGUCCGACGUUGUGAUGAUUGGCGCAAUGAAGUACCAAGCUAUGGCACUAAUUACCAUUCUGUUGGAAGAUAUUGCAGAAAUGAGAAACAGUCAGGAACACUAGCUGUUGGUGGUGGAGGUGCUGGGGGCCGUGUGGCUGUCUACAGCAAUGUCAGCGACACCUUCCGUGGGCAGCUGCAGGCGUUAGGAGGGGCAAGUGAUGUUGAAAGGGGAGGCCCUGGAACAGUCUUCAUCUCUAACCCAUUACUCAACACCACAUCACCUCAAACAACACUUCUUGUGGACAACGGCGGUUACAAACCAAAGACAACCUGGCUAACUAACAGCAACCAGGACAGUGGACGUGCCUACAUCACAACUCAGACAUCUAACCUCAUGUUGCAGUAUGAGUUUGAUCAUGUACAUUUAUCAGGUGGUGGACAUUUAGCCUUCCACAAGGACGAUACCAUUCUUCAGGAUAUUCCCGUACACAUAGGCCGUCUCCAUGGUGAUGGGUCUGGGAUACUCCACACGUCACCCGACCACCAUCUUCACAUCACAGACUCCAACUCUCCCUUCCCAGCAGGCUUCAGAAGCUAUGAAAACUCAUACGUCAGCCUACCAAAGACUGUAUACCUUGCUGACAUGGACAACCCUGAAGUCCAUGUGGAUGGCACCCUUGAUGGUUUGGAAGACUUAACCAUUGGCAGUGGUAUCACCUUGACAGUUGGGGGUUUGGGUGGAACAUCUGGGGCACUGCCAAAGACACUGCAACUGAAGUCCCUACAGAUAUUCACAGACGGACAGCUGGAGUCAUAUUACCCUGAUGGCUCAAAGCGUGGACAGGAACCAUCUCUGUCCCUUCAGAUAACUGAUGGGAUCCACCUUCAUGCUGGAGGUGCCAUCAAGGGAAACUGGGUACACAUGAGUGCCGAGACCAUCUUGGUGGACACAGCGGCAGAGGUGGACACCAGCGGAGCUGGGAGUAACACAGACGGAGAAGGCAUCCCUGCAGCACAAGGAGCUUCAGGUGGUGGUCAUGGAGGAAGUGGAGGCCAAGGCGUACACAGUCAUGACUACAGCAUAGUUGGACCACCCUAUGGCUCUCUGUACGAACCACAAGACUUCGGCAGCCCUGGAGGGGUCAGUGGACUUACCUCAUCGUUACCAGGUCAAGGUGGAGGGGUCAUCACCAUGGUAGCAACAGGAGUAGUUGAGAUUGAUGGAUCCCUUCAUGCAGACGGAACUGAGCCAUUGUACAACCUGAAUGGUGGUGGAAGUGGUGGUAGUGUCUACAUUAACACAACUACAUUCAAAGGAACUGGUUUCGUAAGCACAAAUGGUGGGUCCUCCCCAUCUGGAGGUGGAGGCGGGGGUGGCAGAGUUGCCAUCCAUUCUGCUAACAACACCUUCAGUGGUGUGAUACAAGCAUUUGGAGGAAGGAGCAGCUAUGAAGUUGGUGGUGCAGGGACUAUUCUCCUGAGGGACACAGAUGCUGGCCAGGACACCAUCAUUGUGGAUAAUGAAGACAGAGGACAGCCACGUCGGCCACAGAUCGACUUCUCAGUCCUGGACGAUCAGCAACACAAAGGUGAAGACAGUGCAAGGACUUGGCUUGUGCCCUAUGAAGACCAAAGCUCCUUUACUUUCAAAGAAAUGUCAAUCAGAAGAGGAGCCCACCUUUCUCUCUUCAACCACACUGAUGGAACUCAGUACAAUGUAAGGGUAAAUGAAACAUCAGGAGACAAGACGGGCAUGAUGCAUGUUGGACCGUCACAGAUUCUCCAUGUGAGUCAGCCACCAGAGAGCCCAGACUUGAUGUGGAAUGUGCUGGUUUACCCCGGCGGACAGCUGGAGAUGUCGGAACAUCUAGAGGUCAGAGACAUGACCUUGACCCUGGCAGGUGACCUCCUGGGAGCACAAGACAUCACCAUUGGGCAUGGAGGGAAGCUCAUUCUCAGACCUCAGACUAAUGCAACAUGGGACAGCACACGCUACAUCACGUUCCAAACAGUGACUAUCGAGGGUGGUGGUGAGCUGUCCGUGGAGAGUGAUGAGACUGGACUGUUCCUCAAUGGCCAGCUGCUACAUGUGCACAGUGGAGGUCGGCUGACAGCUGACAAACUGUCCAUCACAGCUACAAACAUCAUUGUGGAACAGGCAGCUACAAUAGAUCUCAGUGGCAAGGCACCAGUUGCUGGUCAUGUGGCGGGGAGGGGCACCAAUGGAGCUGGAGCAGGGCAUGGUGGGAACGGUGGGCGCAGCAGGUCCCGGCCAGGAGCAGGCCGAUUUUAUGGAGACCUCAGCGAGCCCAACACAUUCGGCAGUUCCGCAACUCUGAAUGGUGUCAGGCACGUCGCAGGUGGUGGAUCUGUUACACUAACCGCAUCUAAUAUGAUUCGUUUGGAUGGCACAAUCCGAGGGAAUGGUGCAGAUGGGGCUGAAGGGAGUGGCGGUGCAAGUGGGGGAAGUAUUCUCAUCAGGACAGACACCUUUGAAGGAACAGGCAGCAUAGAAUGCUCAGGGGGACAAGGUGAUGGCAGUGAUGCUGGUGGUGGAAGCGGAGGUCGUGUGGCCGUGCACUACACAAGCAGCACCUUCCAGGGGAACAUCCAGGCCUAUGGUGGGCAGUCCAGCAUUGAAGCUGGAGCAGCAGGGACUGUACUGUUGGAAAGUGGUGGGCUGUGGACACUAAAAGUGGACAACAAUGGACAAACUGUAUAUCUGGAAAACAUCGGGGACUUCUUUGACCUCAGUGAAGUGAGUGGUCGAACGUGGGUGAACGUUCCUCCAUCUGGAAGCUACAACUUUGCCACCCUUGACCUUCGAGGCAAUGCUCAUCUUGCAUUCGACGUAGAUGCUGCUGCACCAAAUCUUGUGAGAUACUACACUGUUCAGAAACUGGUAGGAGAUAGAACAGGUGAUGUGAGCAGCCUACCCACCCUCAACGUGGGUCCAGGCCAGAUGAUUACCAUCCAACGCACUGAUUACUACCUGCCUAUCAACUUCAAGGUCCACAAAAAUGGUGAACUAUCAAUGCCCAGCAGUAUCAUGUUACACAAAGGCCUCAACAUUGUGGAAGGUACACUGUCUGGUAUCAGUGAGCUGACUGUUGCUGACAGUACUCUCACGUUUGGAGGAGAAGCUGAGACUGCUACCUCAGAUCAGGACCACCCCAUCCUGGACUUCACUACGAGCCUCACUGUUGGUGCAAAUGCUGUUGUGCACAUGACUGGGACUGAAAACCUUUAUGAGUUAAAAGCACAGACUCUGACAGUACAGGCAAGAGGAAGGCUGGUGGCAAAAAGGUUACAGGUCAAUGCAGAGCACGUCACUGUUGCAGAGGCAGGGCACCUGGACCUGGACUACACUGGACAUGGGCCAGGAUCUGGAUCUGGACAUGGUACCACUUACAACAACAUUGGUGGAGGUGCCAGCCAUGCUGGACUGGGAGGGCAGGGAUCACACUCCAGUGCACAUGGUGGACAGCACUACGACUCUUACCUGUCUCCAGCUGAGAUGGGGUCUGGGGGUGGUGGUCAGCAAUCUGGUGGUGGCUCCGGAGGAGGGGCUUUGCACAUCAUUGCAAGUGCAAGGGUUGAGAACUAUGGACUCAUCAGUGCCAGAGGCAAGUCUGCACCCAGUUCCAACUGUGGUGGUGGAUCAGGCGGCAGCAUCUGGGUGGAGUCCCCUGUGUUAGUAGCCACGGGAACGUUCAAUGUCAGUGGUGGCCAUGGCAUCUCCAAUGGAGGUGGUGGGGGAGGGGGAUAUAUUUCCCUUCAUGUGAACUAUGGAGAGAGUACACUGGCAAGAGCCUCUCUGGUCAGCCGUGGAGGCCUUGGUCACAACAAUGGAGGACCUGGGAUUGUUUACAUCAAAGACACCACAAGUGAUAGCAACUAUGACAAGGUCAUUGUGAAUGCAGAACACCUCACAAGCACGGCAGCCAUCUUGGACCCAGGCAACAGGGCCAGGAGCCUGGCUAUCCUACAGGAGCUGGAGUUACUCGGGGGUGCAGAGCUGACGUUCCCAGCUCAAACAGACUCUCCUGUUCCACUUACGGUCACCAUAAACAACUUGCUGGGAGACCGGAGUUCCACACUGAGGGUAGGAGAUAAACAGGAGGUACACAUUAUGGAGUCUAGUCACAUUGAUGAACUUGACCUGCCUGCAAGUAUCGAGGUCAGCCAAGGUGGAGUGAUUUACACACGUCCUAAAAUCCUGCUACGGCAGGGUGUGACGCUUGACCUGUGUGGCAAAGUGAGUGACAUAAGUGAGAUAACAGUCAGGUCAGGGGGGAGUUUCCUUCUGUCAUAUCCUGGAUACACAGGUGACACAAGUCCAGGCACCGUCAACAUGGACACUUUGAAGGUAUAUGAAGGAGGACGUGUGACAAGGUCCAUAAAGUGCCAGAAUCCCACCAAUGUACCAAUGGAGCUGCAGGUUACCAGUUUGUAUGAAAUGUACGGCUCCCACUUCAUCAGCGAUUCAUUCUCUCCACUAAAUGUGGGAACACAUCAUAGAGAUGAAGAUGUAGGAGACCUUCCUGAUGUCAUGUGUCCACAUGGCACCAACUUCAACUUAAUGACAGGGCAGACAUGUACCUUACCACAGGGGACAGUAACAUACCAGUCUCUCACCAUCAGUGGUGGAGCAGUCAUGACUGUGACUGGUGAUCCCACUGGGCAUAGCACCUCCCACAUCAUAGUUAACGGAGAUCUCAUCAUCAAUGCAGGAGGCUCUAUACAUGCAGCAGCAGUCAUAAAUUCCACUGUAGGUUCAGCAGUGUACCCUGGUGGAACACAUGGAGGUCAGGGUGGAGGCUCUGUUGACACCGUCCAUGGCAGCAUCACUUCUCCUGAGGACUACGGAACAGCUGGAAAAGGCACUGGUGGAGGCCAGGGUGGUGGUCAGAUAAAAAUCACUGUCCAUGGGAACUUCAUCAAUGAUGGGGUAGUUGAAGCUGGUGGAGGUGAUCAUACCACAAGUAGUGGAGCAGGAGGAGGCAGUGGAGGCAGCAUCUUCAUCACAGCAGCUCAGUUUAGUGGGUAUGGCAGCAUUUCAGCCAAUGGUGGACAAGGAUGGACAUCACUAGGAUCAGGAGGAGGAGGAGGAGGUCGUAUAGCUCUGCACGUCAGUGGAUCAACUUACAAGGGGGUGUUCAGUACUGCUGGAGGGGAUGGAAAUGUGCCUGGUGGACCAGGCACAAUAUUUGUAAGGGUCACAAGCAAUGGAAUAGCACACAACACUCUUAUCAUCGAUGGCGGUACUGACACCAACACCAACAGUCUUCCAACCCCAACAACCUCUGAGUUUGCCACAGUUGAUGAAGUGCAAGUGAUAAGAUAUGGGACCUUAGGAGUCACAAGCAACCUUCACAUUUCAAAGCUGACUGGAGAUGGUACAGGGAAGAUAGUGGUUUCCAGUGCAUCAACAACCACCAUUGCUGACUUUGCCAAUGCAGAACUGGGAACUCAAUGCGCUUUCAGAAUUGAGGCUGGAGGAAAUGUAGAGAUAACCAAAUCUGCUACAUUCACAGGAGAGCAACAGCCACUGCUGGAUAUUGCAGGUGUGCUUACCAUCAGUAGUACCAUCAUACAUGCCAAUGAGUUAAUUCUUCACCCAAACAGCCAUCUAAUGACAUCAGAGCUUCACCUGUUGCAGUCAUCGUCUGCCAUUUUUGACAACACAGCCAAGAUCAGUCCUCAAGGCCAGGCUCCAGUGCCGGGUGUUCUUCAUGUCGACAGGCUGUCUCUUGGUGUAGAUACCACAUUGGAUUUACGUCACUAUGAGUCCAAUGUUACAGUGCAGUCAACACAGUUGCAGUUGCGUACAGGCAGCAGACUGAAGUCAUCCGCCAAUGAGACAGUGGUUCUUAUUGAAGCUGGGAGUGUGGAGAUGGAACGUGGAUCUGCCAUUGAGGUGGUGGGCACAGGAUAUGUGGUGGGCCCUGGUUAUCCCUGCUUUGAAAAUGCCAGCAUCUGUCAAUCAGGAGCAAACCAUGGAGGCACAGGAGGGAAUGCUGUAGUCAACAGUCAGAUAUACGGGUCUGUCUCUUCUCCAUCAAGCUUUGGCAGUGGAACUGGAACAAAUGUUCGUGGUGGUGGUGCCUUACAACUGGUAGCAACUGAGUCUUUGAAGCUAGAUGGUUUGAUCAGUGCCAGUGGAAUGGAGAAAACUUUUGAAGAUGGCUACUACCUUGGUGGAGGAAGUGGAGGAAGCAUAUGGAUCACUACAGCAAUUUUCCAAGGACAUGGACUUAUAACUUCAGAUGGUGGAGCAGGCAAUGUGGGAUACUCAAGUGGUGGUGGUGGCGGCAGAGUUGCUAUCCACGCAGGAAAUAUUGACAAGUUCACUGGAAAAAUAUCAACCUUUGGUGGCGCUGGCAAGACCAACGGAGCUGCUGGAACCAUCUUCUUCAGAAGUGUAAGCUUUGGACUACAGCAUGAUACAGUUGUAGUGGACAACAACAAUCAACCCUCAGGGGAAAGCACCUUUAUCACGUCACAGUCAGGUACAACACUUACCAUCAACAUCCUCCAGGUACAAAAAAUGGGCAGAGUGGAAUUUGUCACCUCUGUUGGAGACACAGAUGUUACCAUCCAUAAUCUCUUAGGUGACUUCUCUGGUACAGUCACUGUCCUAAACAACCAAACCCUUGCCAUUGGACAAAACAGUGGAACCAAUCAAUUCAUAACCACAACAUCUCUUGUUGUCCAAGAAGGAGGAAAACUAAUUCUUCCACAAAGAGUUUUAUUCAGUAAGUCAACAACUGGUCAACAAGCUUUAACUCUCAGAGGAACUCUCCGGGGACUUCAGGAGGUGACUGUGGGAGAGGGGGCUUCAGUACUGUUUGAAUCUACUGCAAGAACAGCUUUGGGAGAAAAUGUGGAGGAUGAUAGAGGCUCAUUCACCUUUGGCAAUGUUGAAGUAAUGCAAGGAGGAAGGUUUGAUCUGACUACCUCUUACCAAGAGCCUACACAGCUCACCACUCUCACAGCAUUGAAUGUUCGUUAUGGUGGUACUAUCACUGGCUGUUGGCUCAUUGUCAAGUCCCCUUCAGUCACAGUUGGCCUGAGUGGGAGUAUAGCCAGCAAUGGCCUCGGGUUUGGAGGAGGAGAGGGCCUUGGUGCUGGAGUAUCAGGCUUGACAUCUGGAUCAGGUGGCAGCCAUGGUGGAUGGGGAGGCUCCACAGCAGACAAUACAAACAACCCUGUCAGCUCGUAUGGAACACUUUACCAGGGAACUGAGUUUGGAAGUGGUGGAGGUAACGGCCCAGCUGGGAGUGUGGGUGGUGCAGGAGGUGGCAUCAUCACCAUUGAAUCCAACUCCCUACAACUGGAUGGUCAGAUCAGUUCUGAAGGAGUGGCUGGAUCUGGAUCCGCUGGUGGGGGUAGUGGUGGUACUGUACACCUUGUUCUGGACUCACUGACUGGUUCAGGUGAAGUCAAUGUGAAAGGUGGAAAUGCAGGGGAUCCAACCAGUGGAAGUGGUGGUGGAGGCAGAGUUUCAAUCUUCCUCACCUCACAGUCACUGUUCACAGGUAGCUACAAAACCUGUGGAGGUUCUGCACAGAGGGGAAGCCAGGCAGGGUCCGCAGGCACAGUCUUCAUCAAGGAAAUGCAAGGCUCUGAUGAAUACACCACACUCAUCCUGGACAACUCAUGUAUGACAGCAAACAUGUCACGUGGAACUGUCCUAAAUGAGACAGAAGUCCUAGACCACCACUUCAAUGAGCUACAUGUGUUGGACAAUGUGAUACUACAUGUAGAGGGAUUCAAUGUUACUGUGACAGCUGACAGGCUAUACAGUGAUGUUACCAGUACCAUCCACAUCCAUGACACAAUGGUUCUCACGGUGGACACUAGUCUGUCAGAAUCUUCACCUGAGUGUAGCUUUGCACUUAGUGAACAAGGAGAGUUGCGCCUUCCUCCAACUGUGACCUUCUUAGGACCAAGUAAUUCAUUUGCAGGUAUGCUGACCAACAUCUUUGACAUGGUAAUAGCACCACACCAAGAGGUGAUUUUGUCACCUGUGGUACGUACAGCUAUGUACAGUGAUGGCCGUUACACCUUCAUCACUGAGCCUGGUGCAUACAAGCUGGCCUCACUUCAUGUAAAGGACCAUGCAAAGCUCACAUUUGAAAGUGAUGCAGACAGUGAAGGCAAAAUGAUUGACAUUGGUCUCCUAGAGGUGAACUACGGAGGUGUUGUUACGGCAACAUCACUGCACAUGCGUGGUAAUGAGGUCAGGGUUCAUGCAGGGGCCAUGUUGGAUCUAUCAGGAGGUGGGAAUGGUGCGGAGGAAGGGCCGGGUGCAGGAAUGCAGGUUGAUCAGGUAGGAGUUGGUGCUGGACAUGGCGGGUUUGGAGGCUCACCUGGUGACUCUACCCCACAAGGAGGGUCCUGGUACGAUUCUGUUCAGUCUCCUUCACUCAAGGGAUCUGGGGGAGGCAACAGUGGCAGCGACACAGGUGGAGCUGGGGGUGGAUAUCUCUACAUGCAGUUGAACAAUGACUUAACUUUGGAAGGAUCCAUUGAUGCAAGUGGAGAACAUGGCCAGUCAAAUGCUGGAGGUGGCAGUGGUGGUGGUGUCUACAUAGCAGCUUAUAACAUGAAAGGACAUGGCAGCCUGAAGGCAGAUGGAGGCAGCAGCCAGCAAGGAGUGGGAGGUGGUGGCAGUGGAGGAAGAAUAGCCAUCUACACUCAACAACAGUAUGGUUUUCCUGGAGAAGUGACAGCCUAUGGGGGCAGCAGCAGGGAUUAUUCUGCAGGCGGUGCACCAGGGACAGUUUUCAUUAAGGACAACUUGUCAGGAUUUUCUUCCACACGGCUGAUGGUUCAGAGUGACGUCAGUGAGAGUGGGAAGACCCAGGCUAACACUGUCAUUGCUGAGGAGGGAGAGCAUUACAGAUAUGACGAGUUCAUCAUCAAAGGAGAUUGCAACAUAGUCUUCAAUGGCUCCACUUCUAAGGUUUACUUGAAGAAAUUAACAGCAGACAAACUGGCAACAGUCAACAUUGUUGGCCAGCAACUGUUUUAUCCAAAGCUUGUAGAGGGUGAGACAAGCCAUUGGACAAGCAAUGUCAACCUAAUGGUCAGCCCUCAAGCCACAGUUGUCUUCCCAACAACUAUCUUUGUUGAUACGUCUAUCACAGUUCAAGGACGAAUUGUAGUGCAGGAAGUUGUUAUUGAACAGGGCGGACUACUGUCACUGUCAAAUACCAGCUUUACCUCGCAGAUAUCUGAAUCCAGAUUUGUGGAUGAUUCCACAAGGGAUUUACAUUUUUACCACUGUGAUAAUAAAACCAGAUGGAAACUUGAUGACCGGCGAUACUGUCAGAUAUGUGGCCAACACAGGUGCCAAGAUCGAUGUAGGAACAUAGAUGUAAAGUUUGGAGCGCAGUUGGAAGCGGAUUGGUUUGACAUUGGAGCUACAUCAAUACAUCUUGAAGUUGGCAGUACAAUGACUUGUUCAGGAAGUGAUCGCUCUUCAUCAGAACAACUUGACAUUGAUAUUGGAUCUGGCAGUUACUAUUCUUCUGGUGACUCUGGUGCAGGGCAUGGCAGUUUUGGAGGAAGAGGUUAUAGUGCCACAGUGAGUGGAGGACAACCGUACGGAUCCCUUUACCAUCCAAACAUGCCAGGCAGCAGAGGGAGCUCACGUGGAGGGAAAGGUGGAGGAAGAAUCUACAUAGAUGCAACAGACGUCAUCAAUGAUGGACUGAUAACUGCAAAGGGAGCUUCUCCUGACCAGAGCGAUGGUGGAGCAGGAAGUGGAGGAAGCAUUUGGAUAGAGAGCAAGCUAAUGGAAGGAUUUGGUGAUGUUAGUGCAAAUGGAGGAGACUCCAGUGGAAAUGGAGGAGGGGGAGCAGGAGGAAGGAUUGCUGUGUACACAGCAGAGAGAAAUGUCUAUGAAGGGACAUACCUGGCUCUUGGUGGUGAUGGAAUGGACAGUUCCACUCAACCUAGAGGAGGUGGACCUGGCACUGUUUUCCUUCAAGAGACUCGUAAUGGCUACCCACACAGACAACUUCGCAUCAACAACCAGGAUAGACCUUUCACACAGUAUGUGAGCUUGGCAGAAGGAAAUGUUACUGACUAUGUAUUUGACCAGGUUCACUUGACCCACUAUGCAUCUCUUGACAUCAGUGUAGCACAGGCAGCUGCUAGCUUGACAAUUUAUAAAGUGCAAGGAGAUGGAACAGGCGUACUUCACUCCCAUGCAGGUCACCAGUUUGUCAGUGAGUUUGUGGACUCGACCACGAUAAUCACCAAAGCAAGAGUCAACUACAUCAUCGAUGAAGGAUCUGAGGUCAUUUUGCCAGCAACUGUCCAUGUCAAUGGCAUGGGUAUUCAGUAUGGAGACAAAAAAGGUAGGCGAUGGAUGAAUGGGCGGUUGACAAAUGUUGCUCAUCUUGUCAUUAGCAAGGGAUCCUCUGUUCACUUCUCAACUGAGGCUCAUUCAGCACUUUUUGAGAAUGGAACAUACACCUUUGUUGGUCAACCUGGAGAUUUUCUUUUCGCCACCCUUCAGCUCAAAACUGAGUCCGCUCUACACUUUGCUCCUAACAUGAGCAUGGUUGGACAGGUGGGGGAGAUUGAUGUGAAAUAUGGUGCCAAAAUCUUAGCCGAAGGUUUCCAGUUCUUGGUCUCACGAUUGAACAUCGAAGCAGGUGGCACACUUAGCUGCUCUGCAGGCGACAGGCCACAGGACACACUGGACGCUCCUUUUGGUGCAGGUCUGCAAUCCUCUCAAGGAGGGUCUGGUGGAGGACAUGCAAGUAUGGGUGGGACUGGUGGAAACAACAACCUUGGAGGUGGGUACUACGGCACAAUCUACCAACCCAGUGAACGUGGAAGUGUAGGAGGAAGGGGGAGUGGAGAUGGUGGGAAAGGAGGAGGAAGCCUACACCUGGAGGUAGCAGAAGUUCUCCAUCUGGAUGGUCUCAUCAGUGCAAGUGGAGGGGAGGCAGAAACAAACACCAGAGGUGGAGGUGGAAGUGGUGGAUCCAUCUGGGUCACAGCGGGUGAAAUUGAGGGUCACGGAUCGUUCAGUUCACAUGGGGGAGAUGGAGAUGCCAAUGGAGGAGGUGGUUCUGGAGGGCGUAUGGCCAUCUAUACAAACAGCAAGAAUGAGUUCAAGGGCUCCUAUGAUGCUCUUGGGGGUGACGGUGGUCACCCAGGUGGUCCAGGGUCGGUGUACCUCCAAGAUAUCCGUGACCUCAGGCCUUACACCCAGCUGCGAAUUGACAAUGCUGAAAGAGACUGGGACAUCUACUUCACUCUUGAUGAACCCAACAUCAACAACUACACCUUUGACGAAGUCCAUAUUGUCAGAAAAGCUUCCCUCCAGAUGCCUGAUGAUGGUGAAAUGCGGAGGUUUGUUAUUCACCAUGUCACAGGAGAUCUAUCUGGACGCAUCCACAUGCAUGGAAACCAAACAUAUCGCCUUGAAGUAAAAGAAUCAUCCUUCACUUUGACAAAAUCUUCAGUUAAUGUUUGGAUCGACAGAGGUGCAAUAGCUGAACUAGCAACCACAGUAUACAUUGUUGGACGAGGGGACCUAGCACUCAAAUGGUAUGGGCAGCUGGUGGGUGUACGACAUCUUCACAUUGCCCACCAAAGACUAGUUGAAAUUGGCCCACAUGCUCAUACUGCUUUACUGCAAGAUGGCAUCUGGUUUGUGGACGAGCCCGGAACAUUCAAAUUCGCAAGUUUGGAAUUUGGGUCACAGUCACAGAUUACCUUCCCUCCACCAAUGGGCAUCACCUUUACAGUUGGAUUCCUGGACAUGAAGUGGGCCUGUCAGCUCCUUGCUGAAUUCUUCAACAUCUAUGCAACAGACUUCUUUUUGGAGCCGAGUGCUACAGUGACAUCUGCUGGGAGGGGAUACGACACUGGUGGCCCGGGGCAGGGGACAGAUGUGGGAUCAGGAGCUGGACAUGCAACCUAUGGAGGAAAUGGAACAGGAAGCGGUACUGUAGGAGGAGGCACCUAUGGUUCCCUGUACAGACCUGUAACGCUGGGGAGCCGUGGGGGGUCAGGCUCAAACAACCUGCCUGGUCCUAGAGGAGGAGGUCGAGUGAGGAUCAUCGUUGGUGCCAUCUUUAUUUUGGAUGGAGAGGUAAAUGUUGAUGGAGACUCGGCAGGAUCUGGUACGAGGGCUGGAGGAGGCAGUGGAGGAAGUGCUUGGAUCACCUCUGGUCACAUUCGAGGGCAUGGUUUAAUAAGCUCACGUGGUGGCCAAGGAGAUCACAAUGCAGGCGGUGGGGCUGGGGGAAGAAUAGCACUGCACUGCUCCAAUGUCAUUGAGUACCGAGGUGCCUUACAAGCCCUGGGAGAGAAGGGGACCACAAAUGGUGACUUCGGAGGCUCUGGAACUGUUUACUUGGAGGAUCUGAGAAAUGGGACCUACUUCAGAAGACUGUACAUCGACAACCAAGAUGUUGUACCUCCUAAAGCCUUUGUACUGCAGGAGAGACACCCCAUUGUGGAGGAGGUGGAGGGAUACGAAGAACUUAAUGAGGCAGAUUUUGCCGUUGAUCAAGUGAUGCUGCAGCGUAUGGCAAUAUUCCAAAUUGGGUACAUAAACAAGACAACAUCAUCCGUCUCCAUCUAUGAAGUUCUUGGAGACCUAACCAGCAUCUUACACAUCCGUGGCAACCAAACGUUCUUCAUAGAAUAUGAGGAGGCUGAAGUACACCGAGCGGAGCCACCAGUCAACUUCAUCAUUGACCAGCAUGGCGAGCUGUAUGCUCCAAACGACUUCCGGGUGAUUGGUUCAAGGGUGCCAGCAGUUUACCUGGAUGGGAGGCUGACAGGAGUGUACAAUUUGAGUAUUGCAGGAGGGAAGGUUAUGACAGUGGGGCCACAUGCCACAAAUGCACUGGUCAAGAACAGGACGUAUACAGAAACACCAGUCCCAGGAAAGCUGCAACUUGGAGAGCUGAAGCUGGAAGCUGAAGCGAGGUUGACUUAUCCCAGCAGAAUGGAAAUAGAUGUUGAUGACCUCAUCAUGCGCUAUGCAGCCCGCAUCGAUGCUGAGUCUCUGCUCAUACAGGCCUCCAACCUGAACAUCGAGGGGGAAGCCAGCAUGGUGGUGUCGGGGAGAGGCUACAUGUCAGGACUGGGGGAGGCUCCUGGGAUAGAAGACGAGGCUGGAUAUGGAACAGGAGGAGGACAUGGGGGUUAUGGUGGUGGAACAGACAUUUCCAACAAAACUCAUGGUGGAGUGUAUGGAUCCUACAGUAAGCCAGUACACUGGGGAAGUGGUGGGGGAGGGACACACGGAGGAGCAGGGGGCUCUGCCAUCGAGAUCCAUGCAGGCCAUUCCAUUCACUUGGAUGGAACUCUGGAAACCAUGGGGGAAAGUGCUACAGGAAGCAAUUCAGGUGGAGGCAGUGGUGGAAGUGUCUACCUCACUACAGUGAUGUUCUCUGGCCAUGGCAGUGUGAAUGCUGAUGGAGGCAAUGGUGUUGGUUACGGCUAUGGUGGAGCAGGUGGGAGGAUUGCAGUUCAUGUAGCCUGGCUUCGAGAAUACACGGGAACAUACACUUCCUUUGGUGGACUUUCUGGUUCAAACCGCCCAGUAGAGGAUGCAGGCAAUGGUGCUGGUGGAACAGUUUUCUACACAGAUACAAACCAGGGACUUCAGCACAGAAAGGCUUCUUAUGAUCCUAACCAAAACACGACUUUGUGGCAGGAUGCCUUCUCUAAGCUACUCCUUGACAAUGACAACAGGAAUGACAUUUUACCCACUGUUAUAAUGAAUGAAAAUGGAACAUACUUUGAGUUUGAUGAAAUCGAGACAAAGAACCAUGUGGUGCUGUGGCUCCAUGGAGGCUCCGACACUCUUGUGGCACACAAGUUUGUAGGUGACAGAACUGGGCAGGUCCACCUGAGACCUGGCCAGAAGAUGUACUGUGAAGUUGUUGAGUCACAGACUGGGUAUACAGUCGCUCCUGUCAGCUACAAAAUAGAUGCAGGUGCAGAGAUAUUUUUCCCAUCAAGCCUUACCUUACUUGGAACACGGACCACUAUAGAAGGAGUUGUGACUGGGGUGUAUGACAUCUUUCUCGCCAAAGGAGCCAGGACCACCUUUGCCUCCACAACCCAAACAGGCAUCAUGAUCAACCAAGUGUACGACUUCCUAACUUCACCUGGAAACAUCACAUUUGGAACAAUGACAGUGCAGCGGGGGUCAGUGAUUGAGUUGUCCGAUGUUUUCCUGGAUGGAACUAUUUCAAGCAAUGGUGAGGAUGGUGAAGCCCAAGCAGACAGCGGUGGUGGUAGUGGUGGUACCGUCAUGAUAAACUGUCAGCAGAUCACAGGACAUGGACUGGUGCAGGCAAAUGGGGGUGUUGGAAAGGUCUUAUCAAGCCAUUAUGCAAAUGGUGGAGGAAGUGGUGGACGGGUUGCCAUCCACCAACGGGAGACCUUCAGCUUCCAAGGGACUGUUGAAGCCCUCGGAGCAGAUGGACAACAUUAUGGUUCAGCAGGGACUGUCUACAUCCGGGAGACACUGGGUGACACAGUGUACAACCAACUCUGGCUGGACAACAAAGGUAGAACGUGCCGCAAUCAUGUGGUCAUCGACGAAAGUGGCCAAGGCAACUUCACCUUCCACCGAGUCCAUCUUGUGCGAAAGGCAUGUCUGCAAACCAAGCAGUUGCCAAGUGGAAGUGCAACAGUGAGAAUCACACAGGUCACUGGAGAUGGGACUGGAACACUAACAAUAAGAAACAGUCACUUUGCAUUCAUCCAAACUGAUGAACUUUGCACCUUCAUACCUGCCAAUGUUGUGGUGGAAAGUGGAGGAUACUUGGUACUACCAUUAGAGACCACAAUACAGUCCACCCUGCAGGUUAGAGGUGCCCUGUAUGGAGUUGAACACCUUUAUGUCAAGGGAACUGUUAAGUUUUACAACUCUGGGUACAGCGCUUGUCACAAUUGUACACUGGGAAGUGGAGAAAGAGGUCAAUACUGGUUCACAGGGGUAACUGUUCUCAAUGGAGGAAAGUUAGAAAUUGUGCGAGGCAGGACAACAAACCUUCACCACUACUCUGUUCAAGUCAGGACAUCUGAAUACUUUGAUGUGGACUAUGGAGGGGAAGUGAGCGUUGGGGAUGGUGUUGUUAUCUACACGCUUGAUACAAAGGUAGAAAAGACUGCUGUGAUGAAUGCUAAUGGAGGUGGUUAUGUUGCUGAAUGUGGUCCUGGACAUGGUAGUACCUGUAGUGGUGGUCAUGGAGGUGGGGCAGGGCAUGGAGGAAGAGGGGAAUUGUCCUGUGCAGGAGGGACAUAUGACGAGGAAUGUUCCCCAACAUGGGUGGGCAGUGGGGGUGGAGACUGCACUCAUGGUGGAGGAGGCACAGGAGGUGGAGCUAUGAAGGUUGUGAGCAGCCGGCUGCUACAACUGGAGGGAACAUUGACUGCUGAUGGAUCUCAAGCAUCUUCAGGGGGAGGAGGAGGAAGUGGAGGCACAAUAUGGAUUGAUGGAUUAUACGUGGAAGGCUGGGCAGGUACCUCCAGUACUGGUGGCGAUGGUCAUCACCACUGUUUUGGGUACCGCUGCAGAGACACACACACUGGUGGUGAUGGUGGGGGUGGUCGCAUCAGAAGUUACUCACCAAAUAGCCUUCCCAAGGUGCUCCGGUAUCGCCGCACAGUCAAGGAUUCCUCACACAACUCCAAUGCUGGAACAAUAUCUGAAGUAAACACAUGCUGCAGCGGCCGUGGUGUGUGGCAAGAAGACUCAGAAUCCUGCACCUGUAAUGACGGUUUCACCGGGCUUGGCUGUCAGGUCGAGUGUGAUGAUGUCGGGACCUGUAACGGACAAGGUGUUUGUGAUACAACUGGUGAGUGUGAAUGUAACCCAGGCUUUGUAGGCUACCGAUGUGAACAUCAGUGUGACCCUACAGUACACUGCAGUGGGAAUGGUGUCUGUAGUCCAUAUGGCACUUGCAUAUGUGAUCCUUGCCACACAGGCAGUAAUUGUUCUGUUCUGUGCAGUGGACAUGGUUCAUGUGACAAUGGGCACUGUCAGUGUGACUCAUGCUACCUUGGUCCAUACUGUCACUCUGAAUGCAAUGGGAAGGGAACUUGCAAUGGUGGAGAAUGUGAGUGCAUAGAAAGCUGGCGAGGAAAGUUGUGUACAAUCGCAGGUUGCCCUGGCCAAGGAGAAGAUUGCUCCGGCAGAGGCAUUUGUAACGCCUACCUCCAUGAGUGUAUCUGUGAACCAGGUUGGAAGGGAGAGGACUGUACAGUUGCUGACUGUCCAGGAGAACCCAACUGCUAUGACAGAGGGCACUGCAAUUCCACCACAAACCCACCCUCAUGCCAGAACUGCCAAGCAGGGUGGAUGGGACUGGCCUGUAACAAUCCAUGUGUGCACGGUGUGCAGGAGCCAAUGGACAGUGGGGUCUGUGUCUGUGAGCCGUGCUGGAGUGGAAAAGGGUGUAACAGUCUCUGCUCUGGUCAUGGCACAUGUUCAGAUGACAACUCUACAUGUAUUUGCGAUCCUCUGAGUGGACGUAGAGGUGAUGUCUGCGAAGUCCCCGGCUGUCCAGGCAUUGAAGAAGACUGCACUGGCCAUGGAGACUGCAAUAGUGGGAUUCAUGAGUGUGAAUGCUACAACGGAUGGAUUGGUAUUGGCUGCCACAUCCCAGACUGCCCAGGAACUCCUGACUGCCACAGACGUGGUUUCUGUAACACAACAGGGGAAACGCCAACGUGUACCAACUGUAUCAGUGGCUGGAUGGGGCCAGCCUGUAAUGACCCAUGUGUCCACGGUGUUCAAGAACCAAUGGACAGUGGCAACUGCAGGUGUGAUCCUGGUUGGGCUGGGUUGGGAUGCAACUCAGAGUGCUCAGAGCAUGGAGUCAUUGUUGGUGGCAGAUGUGAAUGUGAUUAUGACACAGGAUGGAAGGGUGAGCUCUGUGAUGUACCUGGCUGCCCAGGACUCUUUGGACUUGACUGCAGCGGGAGGGGUGGCUGUGAUAGUGCAACACACCAGUGUACAUGCUAUGAAGGCUGGACAGGGGCAGGCUGUGAAUAUGCUGACUGCCCAGGAAGUCCAGAUUGUGCUGGAAGAGGCAUGUGUGAUGGAUCUACUAGUCCACCCGUAUGUCGGAACUGUACACAAGGUUGGAUGGGCCCUGCCUGUGAGGAUCCAUGUGUUCAUGGACAUCAAAGCCAUGGACAGUGGAACUGUGUUUGUGACUCUGGAUGGGUGGGAGUAGGAUGUGACUCAGAGUGU